GUGUGCGCUCAGUUUGUUUUGGAGGAAGAACUUUGACAUCAACUUGAGUCUCUUGGACUUUUUAAAGCUGCUUCCUUCUGUAUUGCACCAGUCAGUGUCCCCGCAGCCAGAGACAAUGUGGCGGAAGCUCUCGGCACAUGUGACGGCGUUGGGUGAUGUGUUUGAGGGCCGGAGUCGGUGGAGCUCCGCGGCGGUGGCCGUCAUCCUGCUGGGCAUGUUGGCCGCGUCCUGCCGGGCAGAGGAAGCCUCCUGUCACGGAGCCUACGACCUGUACUUCGUCUUAGACAAGUCUGGAAGCGUCGCCACCAACUGGUUCGAGAUUUACUCGUUUGUGAAGAACCUCACCGACAGAUUUGUGAG